UUUUUAAAUUGAACUUGUGAUGACUAUCUAUAAAGACUAAUAAGAAAACAAUGUCUUUAUAACAAUUUAUAAACGAUAACUUUAUACUUGAACAAUAUGGAAAAAAAAUACAGCACUAAACAAUUGAAGACAAAAACAUAGUAAAGAACCCAAAAAAAAAGAGUGCUCAAACAAAAUGAUAUAAUAUAUCAAAAUUGAAGUAUUAUUUUAUUCGUAUUGUCGACUUCUAUUUGCUUCUCCGCUCAAACAGUCAAUACCCUUCAUGACAAAAAGUGAUAAAAAUACUCCUCCAGUGCUUCAUUUAUCUGGUGGAGCUAUAUCAGGAAUGGUGGCAUGUCUUACAUUACAACCUCUCGAUCUUAUCAAAACUCGUUUACAACAACAACGACAGGAUCACCUUGCUUUUUUACGUGAAGCCAAACUGAAAGGUUUACUUGUAUCUCCUCAGAAAAGUACCAUGUAUUCUACUAUACGUGACAUUGUCAGCAAUAAUGGAAUAACAGGACUUUGGCGUGGAACAGUACCGACGAUCUUGAGAAAUGUACCAGGGUCAGCCAUGUACUUUUUUGCUUUGUCAGAAAUUCGGAACAUACUUGCCAAAACAAGACAUACUUGGCAACCAUGGUUAUCUAUCAAACAUUCAUCAACACUUGAACAAAAACAAUGGGAAAAUCUUGUAUCUGGUAUGUCUGCUCGUGGUGCUGUUGGAUAUGUAAUGAUGCCAAUCACUGUGGUCAAAGUACGAUAUGAAAGCAACUUUUAUAAUUACAAAUCUAUGACAGAAGCAUUUACAUCUAUUGUCAAGCAUGAUGGUAUGCGAGGUCUAUUUGCUGGUUAUGGUGCAACUUUUAUUCGAGAUGCUCCUUUUGCUGGUAUAUAUCUCUUUUUUUAUGAAAAUUGUAAGAAAAGAACUCAUGGAUGGAUGGAACUACAUGAUUACAAAAUGGCCAAUGCUGUCAUCAAUUUAGGAUCAGGAGUUAUUGCUGGUAUGACAGCUACCGUGAUCACACAACCUUUCGAUAUGCUCAAAACUCGAAUGCAAUUGAAACCUACCAUUUACAAAAACCUCAUACAAGCAGCUACAAAAGUGCUAAAGGAGGAAGGUGUCAUGGGUUUCUUUGAUGGCAUGAGUGUGCGACUGAUAAGGAAACCUCUUAACUCGGCAAUCGCAUGGACUAUUUAUGAAGAAAUUCUUCGAUGGUAUACCCGACAACAAUCUUUGGAAAAUCAUUUAUAGACUUCAUACUUUAUUUUUAUUUUUAUUUUUUCUUGUACAUACUCAUUAGUUCAAUAAACUCUUUAUUUUUUCCCAACUA